UGGGCCCAUAUGCCCAUUAACGCAGGCCCAAUAAUAAUAAUGCAGAAUGUCCACUAUAAAUUUCUCCCUCUCUGCAAACCCUAUUUUUUCACUCUUAGUUGUUUUCCCGUAUCCAGCCCCCGGGAAAAUGGCCGCCGCCGCCGCCCGCCCCCUCGUCACCGUGCAGUCCCUGGAGAACGAUAUGGCCACCGACGGAGGAGCCGCAGCCAACUGCCUGCCUCUUCCUGACGUAAUGAAAGCCGCUAUCCGCCCCGACAUCGUCACGUUCGUGCACGGCCAGAUCUCCAACAACGCCCGGCAGCCUUACGCCGUCUCCAAACGCGCCGGCCACCAGACCUCUGCCGAGUCCUGGGGUACCGGCCGUGCAGUCUCCCGUAUCCCCCGUGUACCCGGCGGUGGUACCCACCGCGCCGGGCAGGGAGCCUUCGGGAACAUGUGUCGCGGCGGACGAAUGUUCGCUCCGACGAAGAUCUGGCGCCGCUGGCACAGAGCUGUCAAUGUCACGCAGAAGCGCCACGCCGUCGUUUCGGCGAUCGCGGCUUCCGCUGUACCUUCUUUGGUCCUUGCUCGCGGACACAAAAUCGAGGAGGUUCCUGAAUUGCCUCUUGUUGUUUCCGAUUCCGCUGAGGCUGUAGAGAAAACUAGCGCCGCGCUGAAAAUCCUCAAGCAAAUCGGAGCAUUGGCCGAUGCCGAGAAGGCGAAGGAUAGCCAAGGUAUCCGCGCCGGAAAGGGGAAAAUGCGCAAUCGCCGCUACAUUUCGAGGAAAGGACCGCUGAUUGUCUACGGAAAUGAAGGAUCGAAGCUGGUGAAGGCCUUCCGCAAUAUCCCUGGCGUAGACAUCGCGCAUGUUUCGCGCCUCAAUCUGCUGAAGCUUGCUCCCGGUGGCCAUCUCGGGAGGUUUAUUGUUUGGACCAAAUCUGCUUUCGAGAAGCUUGAUGAGGUUUAUGGCACUUUCGACAAGCCUUCGGAGAAGAAGAGUGGGUAUGUGCUUCCCAGGGCUAAGAUGGUGAAUGCUGAUCUUGCUAGGAUUAUCAACUCUGAUGAAUUGCAAUCUGUGGUGAGGCCGAUCAAGAAGGAGGUGAAUAGAGCUCAAUUGAAGAAGAAUCCGCUGAAGAAUCUAAAUGUAAUGUUGAAGCUCAACCCGUACGCCAAGGCUGCCAAGAGAAUGGCGCUUCUGGCUGAGGCGCAGAGAGUUAAGGCCAAGCAGGAGAAACUUGACAAGAAAAGGAAACCAAUCACCAAGGAGGAAGCAGCCGCAAUCAAGAGCGCUAGCAAGGGAUGGUACAAGACAAUGAUCUCCGAUAGCGACUACACUGAAUUUGAGAACUUCACAAAAUGGUUGGGCGUAUCUCAGUGAGGGGUUUUUGAGCUUACAUUUAUGUUUUUUUGAAGCUUAAAUGGAGAGUUUUUGUUUAGACUUUUACUUAGAAUAUGUUUUUUUGAAGCUUAAAUGGAGAGUUUUUGUUUAGACUUUUACUUAGAAUAAUUUCAUGUUGCCUUCACACACUCUGGUUGUUUUGAGUUGGAUGUAUUUGUCAUUCGCGAAUGAGGUUUCAGUGCAAAUCCUAGUUAGUCAGAGAAUUAAUCUUUAAUUUUGGGUAAUCCCAAUUUUUAGUUUCAAAAA